GCGUGUGUACCAACAAUGGGUAUGUCCUGUACGUUUGACAGUCUCAACAUGGCCACGAACGGCACGGCAACACUGCGCAAGAUAGAACCAAACAUAUUUUACAGCAUCCGCGUGCAAAUGCUUCGCCUGCCCAAUAAUCCCUCCGGCCCGUUCCUAUCCUUUAUUGCCGAGUUUGUCGACCAGGUGGAAUUUAAUACAUUUCACGAGUCGUUGUUUCAAAUAUCAACCCGAACGAACCUGAGCACCAUUCAAGUGUUUGAAGCAAAAGCGCUGAAACAGAUCCAAAUUGCCGAGGGUGGUGAUAUCUCGCUCCGUGAGCUAUCAUUCUUCAGCUGCGGGAUGGAUCGUAUUCCACCAACGAUCGGCAACUUGCCACUACUGACCUCGCUAACUUUCUAUCAGUGUGCGCUGCGUACUGUGUCGUUUGAGGCAUUCGCGAAGAACUCGCGUUUGACAUCACUGGAUCUGAGUUACAACGAGAUUGAUACGAUCGUGCCGUUAACCGUUACAGACAGUAGCGUUGCACUGGCGAUCGAAGAUCUUUACCUAACCUCGAACCGGUUAGAAAAUCUCGAUAUGACCGCAUUCGAUUCCCUGUCCAAUCUGGUAAUGCUCGAUCUACGCUACAACAAUCUGGCGAGGUUGGCAGCGGAACGUACGAUCACCUGGCCCAAGAUGGAAUCAUUCGACAUCAGUUACAAUCAACUGCGUACGAUUGAUCUGCAAUGGUUAUCGGCACCAAACAUGAAGCGCCUGUCACUGAAUAGCAAUCUGUUGGACAAGGUCCCACAAAGAUUGCGUCGUUUUCCCAACCUCCAGCUGCUCAGCUUCAGUGACAAUCAAUUCGUGGGCAUUGAUCUUGCACCACUCAACGGUUUGCCAACGCUAAACACACUGGACUUUUCGAACAAUCCAAAAACUCGGUACAUACGCAGCUCGCGCCCUAUUCAGCUGCCGAGCCUUGACUCGAUGUACGCCGAGUACUGUUCGUUGAGUCGGUUCAACAUUACCGGGAUAAAUCUGCCGGUCGUUAGCUUCAUUAGUUUGGCGCACAACAACUUUAGCACGAUACCACCGUUGGGACUUGGCUUCCCGUCGAUCAGUUCCUUCAGCCUGUACGACAAUCCGAUACCGUGUGGGGUGUUGCAGACACGCAAGGAACUGCUGCUAUCGGGGAAACUGAUUAUGGGUCCGCCGUUGGAUGCUAUGAACUGUCAAAGCGGAACCUUCAGCGUCACCGACAGCUACUCGGUGUGCUGUAAAGCUUGA